AUGCUGCUGCUGCUGCACCAAAGCUGUUCCUCUGCUGCCAGCCUGAAAGAUAAACUGACCGACUGUUUGAAGGACAAAGACUACGAUGAGCUGGUGCGCAUAGCAGAACACGGCCUCCCAAAGACACAGAAACCUCACCAUGUUGUUAUUGUUGGAGCUGGGAUGGCUGGCCUGACAGCAGGAAAACUCCUGCAGGAUGCAGGACAUGAGGUCACCAUCAUAGAAGCUAACAAUCGUGUUGGUGGACGAGUGGAAACGUUCAGGAAUCACCAGGAGGGCUGGCACGCAGAAAUCGGGGCCAUGAGGAUCCCAGGUUUCCAUCAAAUUGUCCGCACAUUUGCUGACAAUCUGGGGGUGAAGCGCAGGGAUUUCAUCAUGGAUGACAACAACACAUACUACCUGGUCAACGGGGUGAAGAGAAGGAACUAUGAGGUGAAAGAAAACCCCGACGUUCUGCAGUACAACGUGUACGAGAGCGAGAAGGGCAAGUCAGCCGAGGAGCUGCUGCAGCAGGCUUUGACUCCGGUUAGGAUGGAAGUUGAAAAAUAUGGCUGCAAGUGCGCACUGCAAAAAUAUGACCAUUAUUCUGUAAAGGAGUAUCUGAAAGAAGUUGGACGUCUGAGCGACGGAGCCAUCAGAAUGAUUGGAGACCUGCUGAACGAGCAGAGCCUGAUGUACACGGCGCUGAGCGAGAUGGUCUAUGACCAGUCCGACGUCAACGACACGGUCAGGUACUUUGAGCUGACUGAUGGCACUGAUAGUCUCCCCAACGCCAUCGCUCUCCCUCUCAAUCAAGCCAUUCAUCUGAACUCUACGGUUCAGCGUAUCAUCCAAUCAGAGGACGGAGUCAUUGUCCAGUACCAGAGAAACCAGUCAGACGGUCCUACAAACGUCUCUGCUGACGCCGUCCUGGUCACAACCACGGCCAAGGCAGCUCUUUUCAUGGAGUUCCUUCCGCCUCUUUCUGUACAAAAGAUGGAGGCCCUGAGGACGGUCCACUACGACAGCGCCACCAGAAUCACGCUGACGUUCAGCCAAAAGUUCUGGGAGAAGGACGGGAUCAAAGGGGGUAAGAGCAUCACAGACCGACCCUCUCGGUUCAUCUACUACCAGAGCUACAGCUUCCCAAAGAAUCACACCAUCGGCGUCAUCCUGGCCUCCUACACCUGGUCUGACGACUCGCUGCUCUUCCUCGGGGCCAGUGAUGAGCAGCUGAAGGAGGUUCUUCUGAGAGAUUUGUCUGAGAUCCACGGUGAGAUCGUCCGGGAUCUCUGCACCGGCAUCCUGGUGAAGAAGUGGAGCCUGGAUCCUUACAGCCUGGGGGCCUUCGCUCUCUUCACUCCGUAUCAGCACUUGGACUACGCCAACGAGCUGUUCAGGAGCGAAGGCCGGAUUCACUUUGCUGGCGAACACGCCGCCUUCCCUCAUGGCUGGAUCGAAGCGUCGAUGAAAUCUGCAAUCAGGGCCGCUGCGAAUAUUAACGCAGAGGCUCGAUCUGGGAAAAACGAGGGCCGAGAAGAGCUCUAG